AUGACUGCGAACAGGUUCUUGUGCGAGAUCUGCAACAAGGGUUUUCAAAGGGAUCAGAAUCUUCAGCUGCACAGGAGGGGCCACAAUCUGCCGUGGAAGCUGAAGCAGCAGAGCAGGAAGGAGGCUCGCAAGAGGGCGUAUGUCUGCCCGGAGCCUUCGUGCCUCCACCACCACCCGUCCCGUGCACUGGGGGUCCUCACGGGGAUCAAGAAACACUACUGCCGGAAGCACGGCGAGAAUAAAUGGAAAUGCGAGAAGUGCUCGAAGAUCUACGCCGUGCAGUCGGAUUGGAAAGCUCACUCCAAGACCUGCGGGACUCGCGAGUAUCGAUGCAACUGUGCAACCCUCUUCUCCAGGUAA